AUGGACAAGGAAGCCGCGACAGAGCUCCUCCUGGACGGCGCACGCUAUGGGGACGAAGAUGACGUCGCACACGCUCUGGAUGAGGGUGCAGAUGUUGACGGUCCUGGUCCCACAGGCAGCACAGCCCUCCACAUGGCGGCUGCAAAUGGGCAUACCAACAUCAUCAAGCUCCUUGUUAAAGAUGGCGCGAAUGUGGCGGCAGCAAACAGUGAAGGGAACACUGCCCUGCACUGGGCGGCGAUGAAUCAUCAGGUGGAUGCGGUUCGGCUCCUCCUCGAGGCCGGCGCGUCGCCCAGCGCCAUCAACGGGCGCGACGAAACCCCCGUGGACGAGGCACUGCGAAGAGACUACAGCGACAUCAUGGAGCUGAUAAACUCCUUCUCUGCGCCAGGGACCGAUGUCACAGACACCAAGGGGGUGGAUGAGUUUGACGAGGAAGAGGAAGCCAACGAGCCGUCGGCCCCUGCCGCCCAGGAAUAA